AGGAGCACCCCAACGAUAGCCUUGCGGGUCCUGAAGCCUAUCGCAGAGGGGUCAAGGAUGGUUACAAGAGUGGCUUCAAGCAGGCGGGUCACAAGUACACUUGGCUCCUCUGGCUCCGGGACUUGAUAGUCGAGUUCUUCAUAAUCAUCGCCAUAGUCUUGACGAUUGGCCUCAUGAUUGGUCAUUGGAAAGCCGAUCGCACCGAGACCUUCGCAGCAAGCAGCAACAAAGCAAAGUUGGUGCGGCGCAGGACCAUGAUGGGAUUGGAGCACAUUGGCAUCUUAAAGGGUGAAGAGUACCACGCACGGCGCAAGGAGCAGCACCAAGCAUUGAUUUCCGAAUUGGCUUCCUAGUGAUAACGAGCAGUUGAUCAGUUGGGUGUGUCUGGAAAUGGCGCAUUUGCCCUCCUCUAAACUAACAUAGAUGUGAAAAACUAACCGUGAAAGUCAUAUUCCGAACGGGUUUCCCCAUGGGUUUCCACAUCUGUAUGUUUUCAGGGUACGUCCCGUCUCACUUGGUGGAUCUAAGAGGAUCCCAGCUUGAUUCGCAACG